GCGGCUGGCGGCUAGUCAGGUGGACGGCAGACGGCGGCGGCGGCGGCCGGCGAGAGGGCAGGUCAUAUCGUCCCAAUAACCUUCACUGAAGAUCAGGUAAUCAGAAUCAGGACCAGGAAAAGCCCUCAAGUGCUCAGGAUCAGGGCGAGGAAGAACCUUCAAGUGCUCAGGAUGGGCUGGGAUGAGCUCCAAUACCAGAGCGGGUUCGGCAACGAGUUUGCCAGCACCGACCCGCGCUGCCCGGACGCCCUGCCCGAGGGACAGAACAACCCGCAGAAGUGUCCGUACGGCCUAUAUGCCGAGCAGCUGUCAGGCACUGCGUUCACAGCGCCUCGCGAGCACAAUCAGCGUACAUGGCUGUACCGCAUUCGUCCAUCCGUGUGUCACGAGCCUUUCACUCCGGUCAAGGAGUGCAACAAAACGACUAUCGACUGGGAGCAGGAAGCCCCAGACCCCAACCAGAUGCUGUGGCGGCCGUUCGCCCUGCCGGACGGCGAGGUCGACUUUGUAUCCGGCCUGCACACGGUAUGUGGCGCCGGCCACCCGCGCGAGCGGCACGGCUUGGCUGUCCACGUGUACCUUUGCACCGCCCCCAUGGGCGACAGCUGCCUCUACAACAGCGACGGGGACUUCCUCAUCGUGCCGCAGCAGGGCGAGCUGCGGAUCACCACGGAGAUGGGGCGGCUGCGCGUCAGGCCCAACGAGAUCUGCGUGGUGCCGCAAGGCGUGCGCUUCCACGUGGCCGUGAGCGGGCCCAGCCGCGGCUACGUGCUCGAGGUGUACGACGGCCACUUCCAGCUUCCAUACCUGGGGCCGAUUGGCGCUAACGGGCUGGCGAACCCGCGCGACUUUCUGUCGCCGUGCGCCUGGUACGAGGACCGCGACGUGGCCGGUUACCGCGUUCUCUCCAAGUACCAGGGUCGCUGGUUCGAGGCCCGCCAGGACCACUCGCCGUUCGACGUGGUCGCCUGGCACGGCAACCUGGCGCCGUACAAGUACGACCUGGCCAAGUUCAUGGUCAUCAACGCCACCGCCUUCGAUCACGCAGACCCGUCCAUCUUCACGGUGCUCACGUGCCAGUCGACGCAGCCUGGUGUGGCGAUCGCGGACUUCGUCAUCUUCCCGCCGCGCUGGGCCGUCCAGGAGCACACCUUCAGGCCGCCCUACUACCACAGGAACUGCAUGUCCGAGUUCAUGGGGCUCAUCUACGGCAACUACGAGGCCAAGGAAGAGGGCCUGCAGCCGGGCGGCGCCACGCUGCACUCCAUGAUGACACCGCACGGUCCGGACGCCAAGUGCUUCGAGGCGGCGAGCAACAGCGAGCUGAAGCCCGUCCACAUCGCUGGCGGCACGCAGGCUUUCAUGUUUGAGAGCUCUUUGGGCCUGGCCAUGACGUCCUGGGGCCACCGGACCUGCAUGAAGACCAAUCCAGACUACUACAAGUGCUGGCAGACGCUGAAGAAGCACUUCACGCCUCCCGCCAUUGGAACGCCGGAGGAAUAGACCAGCGCCUGGGACCGGACCAGACAAGACCCAUGAUAUCGGAACAAACAAAACGGACACUUCAUCACAGCCCCUGGCGGACGUCCGACCUACGCUACACAAUCGUCCGACCUACGCUGCACAAUCGUCCGACCUACGCUACACAAUCGUCCGACCUACGCUGCACAAUCGUCCGACCUACGCUGCACAAUCGUCCGACCUACGCUGCACACGCCAUCGUCGCCAUUCACACGGCAUGACCGCUGGACUAGCCGCAGCGGCGCUGCCAGGGGAGAGGGCUAGCCUGGCUGCCGUGCUGUGGGUUGCGCUGGGGCGGCGGUGGCCUCGGGCGGCUGAGGCGUGGCCAGCCCUCGGGGUGGGACCAGCGGGUUCUGUGGAGGCGGCGCCAGCCAGCUGAUGUCGCCGGGCAGGACACGGAGACCGCAGUGCCGCGCCACCGACUGCGCUUAUCGGCUGCCGGAGCCUGGCUCCCGAAACUGCCUAGCGGGGCCACUGCCAGAGCCUGGCUCCAGCCCAAUAUUAUUAAGCACACAGUCCUAGCGGAGCCAUAAAUCGUGUACCGGGAUGAGUAAUGAUCCAUAUCAUGUGCGCGCUAGCAUUGAUUGUACUUCCACUUAUCAGCAACCGUUUGUGCGCACGUCAGCUUUAUUUAAAAAGCAGUGGAGUGAGAUUACGAGGCGGCUACUGCUAUUUGACCACCGAAGGAGCACUGAUCAUGCGCUAGAGUGCGCACUCAUUUAUAGCAGAGCUCUGCAUAUUGUGACAUAACCCCUAUUAUCACCCCCACGGACUGUCCUCCAACGCGCCCGUCUUGCCCGAGUGGUGUUCAAGACACUGGCCGUAAGCCGCCGGCCCGCGGCCGGGCGGGCAGAGCGACAUCGACUAGCAUUCCCGGUAAUAAGCCGAACCUGCGCGUUCACCGUAGGCUUACGGCAACGCCUCAGUGUCAGCGCUCAUGGCUUGUCUGGGAGAUUUUUAUGUCUGGAAGAUGUUUGUCGUUGUCCACCCAAGUUAAGUCGUCUAAGGGUGAUGGGUUUUGGAGCAUAUCAAUAUGUGGCCUACCGGCAGUAAGGUCACCUAUUAUGUACUAAGCGCGAGUGGCGACUGCGAAUAGCUGGUGCUUAACAAAGUGACGAUGUUGUAAUAAACUAAGUAAUGUUGCGCGUCAUACUGUAUCGCUAACUAAUAUCACAUCAUCUGGUUGGGCCGAAGACGUGCAAUAAACCGAUGUCACGCUG